CAUCAUCCUGCGCGACAAAGCCCUAAAUACGUGCGAGCUUCAAUGACCUGAUUCUUUGCAGGUUGUUCGUAUCUCUGAAUUAUGCCCGCUGUCGGCGACCAACACCGCAGUGGUCCAGUAUGCGUCAUGAUGCCAAAUUCGACAGGAAACAUGUCCGGUAACCCAUUUGAAGAACCACCUCGGCGGAUCAGCGAGUAUACGGCGCAGGAAAUUGCGACGCUCCAAGCGCGCCUAGAUAAGAAAUUGGGCCCUGAAUACAUCUCCUCGAGGCCUGGCGCCGCGGGACAGAAGGUGCACUAUCUAUCCGCUGAUAAAUGCAUCAAUCUUGCCAAUGAGGUGUUCGGCUUCAACGGCUGGUCGAGUUCAAUACAGAAUAUUCAGAUUGACUUUGUUGAGGAAAGUCAAAAUACCGGGAAGAUCAGCUUGGGGCUAUCGGUCAUUGUGAGGGUAACACUGAAGGAUGGUACUUACCAUGAAGAUAUCGGUUACGGUCAUAUUGAGAAUUGCAAAGGAAAGGCUGCUGCUUUUGAAAAGGCCAAGAAAGAAGGAACUACUGAUGCACUUAAACGUGCAUUGAGGAACUUUGGCAACGUUCUGGGUAACUGCAUCUACGACAAGGAUUAUGUUGCGAAAGUUACCAAAGUGAAAGCCACUCCUGCGAGAUGGGAUGUUGACGAACUUCACCGGCAUCCUGACUACGCACCGAUAAAGAAGGAGCCUGUUCUACCAAAACCCGUCCCAGAGGAUGACGACCUCCCUCCUCGGCUACCAAAUGCUGGGAAAUCUACAAGUACAAAUGAUACUGCUGUGUUUGAUGGCGAUGGGGAGUUUGGAAGUGAUCUCUUUGACGAGGCCGAUUUUGGAGUGACGGCUUCUGGAAACCCCGAUGAGAUAGUGCUGGAACCAGAAGCCCAAGUAAACCCACAACCACCGACUCCUGUAAAGACGGGCCCUCACGGAAAUUUCCACCACCCAAACCCGGCAGUCGUGACACCUUCCAGGCCAGAAAGGCCAUUCAACCAGACAGUCAACAACAGACAACCUUCCGUUCCGCCCACUCUCAAUCAACGACACAAUUCUACGCUGCAAAGCCAAUAUGUCGGACAAAGGCAACCUGUCCCGCAAGGACAACAGCAGAACUUUCAAAACAGCAGAAUGGCACCCCCAGAUCAACCAAGGACUAGCCAAGAUUCAACCUUGCCAGGCGCUGCAGGGCAAAUGCCUAUCAAGCGAGAAUUUGACGCUAAAGCUCAGGACACAGCUCCUCCGGCCAGUUCACCCUCUGUUCCGCCUGCCUCAUUCUUUUCAGCUCGAGCAGUAGAUUUGUUGCGGGAAAACCCACAUACUGCCGUGAAUGCUCCCCAAUUCGAUCCCCACGCCGAAAGUCCCUCGAUCCGCAAGACAGCAGGCGUCGAUCAUAGCAAGAGUGUCCCGAUAUCGAAGCCAAUGCUUACGGGAGCCUCACCCGCUUCAAACAAUACGCGCGACUUUAUCAAUCCUUCCACGGACAUGCAUCGAAAAAUUGGCGCCCCUGGUGGUAUUGGCAGUCCAAUGAUGAACCGGGGUCAGACGACUUCAUCAUACCGCCCACUGACUCGGCAAAAUCUUGAUCCAAAACCCGCUGCAAGCAACGCAGCUGCAAACAGAGCCGGGUUUGGACCACCCAAUGUUAAUGGGAAACGGCCGCCUUUAAGUGACGUGACGAAUGCAUCUGUCUCUGGCAGCAGCGGGCCUGCUUCAGCAGUCAAUGCCAAUGAUCCCAAAAGACCCAAGAUUGAUGAGAAUUCGACGCCAUCCUUACCGCCGCAGCAGCAACAGCAGCAAUAGAGUAUACUUGGUCUUUCACGCUCAUUUUGUUCUGUCACCUCCUCGUCGUCAUUUUAGAGAAUUUGUUGAGUAGUCGGCGUUUAGGCGACAACGGCAUAGUUACUGGGACGGCAGAUUAGCAUUUGAUCAUUCCUUGAUGGUUACAGCUAGAUCUGCAUCUUCAUCUUUAUCUUUGGGCACUUGCGGUCCGUUUGACCGGCCUUCAAGGCGGAAUGAUUUAGAAUGAGCAUUAAAUGGCUGCUUGAUUCCGAACAAGGAAAUGACUGAUGGAUGCGACCUGCAUCGUUUGCUUGCCGUCAGGGAUCAUUUGAGCAUUAAUUAUAUAUAGCCCUUAAGCCGAAGACGGCAAGAACUAGCCCC